AUGAAAAUCAAUAUAUCCCGUCCAUUACAGCUUUUGCAAUGGACUUCAUAUAUUGUCGCCGUAUUUCUAAUACAAUUGCUAAUCAUUCUUCCUUUAUCAAUCUUAAUAUAUCAUGAUUUUUACCUGCGACUAUUACCUGCUGAUUCUUCUAACAUAGUUCCCCUUAAUACUUUCAAUAUUUUAAAUGGCGUACAAUUUGGUACAAAGUUUUCCCAAUCCAUCUCAACCAUUCCAGUAGGCACAGAUCUACCGCAGACAAUAGACAAUGGCUUAUCGCAGUUGAUACCCAUGCGUGACAAUAUAGAAUACAAGCUCGAUCUAAACUUGGAGUUUUACUGCCAAAGUAGAACUGACCGUUCAAAUCUAGACAAUUUGUUAAUCGAUAUUUACAGGGGUCCAGGUCCCAUAUUGGGUGUUCCAGGAAGAGGGGACAGCAAAGAUGAAAAAGUCUUUCACACUUCUAGACCUAUUGUCUGUCUUGCACUAACGGAUUCCAUGUCGCCCCAAGAAAUUGAACAGCUAGGCCCAUCUCGCCUAAAUGUCUACGGUGAAGAAUGGCUAAAUACAAUAAGAAUAGAGGACAAAAUAUCGUUAGAUUCUUCAUAUGAAACGAUUUCGGUGUUCUUAAAAACUGAAAUUGCCCAAAGAAACUUGAUAAUAUGCCCGGAAAGCGGUAUUAAAUUCAGGAUGAAUUUUGAGCAGGGAUUAAGAAACUUAAUGCUUCGAAAAAGAUUUUUAUCUUAUAUUAUAGGCAUUUCAAUUUUUCAUUGCAUAAUAUGUGUGCUUUUUUUUAUAACAGGUUGCACCGCAUUCAUUUUCGUUAGAAAGGGUCAGGAAAGAUCCAAGAAACAUAGCUGA